GCAACGGAAGACUCCACUACUCAGUCCUCACCUCGGUAGCUAAUACUACUUUACUUUAUUACUGUCGUUUUGGUUUGCUUAGCAGAAUAUGGUUGGCGUGAGCGAGUUCGUCGGCGGCCUGCUCAACUCCGCCAAGAGCGCGGUGGCGGCCGUGGCCUCCACCGUGGCGGCGGCGGCCAAGCCGGGCCUCGCCGCGGGGGUCGGCUUCGUGAAGGAGCAGGGCGUGGGGAAGUCGGCGCUGGCCGUCGGCGGGGCCGCCGUGGCCGCCUACUUCCUCUGGCCCACGGCGGCAGUCGGCGGCGCCAUCAUGAACGCGCCGGGCGCCGCCGGCUACGUCAUCUCCCGCGCGGCGUUCCUGGCGAACCCCAAGCUCUACUUCCACCUCCUGCGCACGGUGGGCGCCAAGGCGGCCGCCGCCGCUUUCCUGUAGGGAAGAAAUGGUAUCCGCCGCCGCCGACGUCCGCCGCUCGCUGGCGUUGGCUUGCUGGUUCGUGUGUGGCGUUUGGUUGAGUGAGUAAUCGCCUUGCUAAUUAAGGAGGGAUUUGUGAUGGAGUUCAUGCUUAGAUUACUCUUGUUUGGCUGUGAAUCUGUGUGGGCUAGUAAUUCACGGUGUUUAGGCGACGUGGUUAUAUGCUAGUACAUCCAUGGUCAUGUGUAAUAAGGUGCCGUGUAAUAAGUUUUUGUGGUAAUUAAGUAUGUUGCCGUUUAAACUUAUGUAGGAA